AUGCACGACGGAUACAAAGUGCGCGUUGCACCUCGGCUGUACGACCCCGACUUUCUGUACGAUGAUCCUACGCACGCGGCAUUGAGACUCGGCGAGAUAGUUCGCUACGGUAAAAACCGCUACUCCUUCUCUUCACCGAGCGCGCAAAAGAUCAUUUAUGGCCAUGGCGCCAAAUUCCCCAAAUCCUCGUGGUACGCGACGUGGCAGAACCCACAUCCUGACCAAUGGUCACUGUUUGCCGACCAGUCUAUAUCACGACACAGCGAAAACCGGCGCCAAUACCAGAGCGCCUAUACCAUGUCCUCGCUUGUCAGUUACGAAUCUUACGUUGAUGAAUGUGCGGAUUUGUUCAGUCAGCGCCUCCAGGAGGUAGCGAGUGCGGGCGCGUAUGCUGACAUGGGACAUUGGCUUCAGUGUUAUGCCUUCGAUGUCAUUGGCAUGAUAACGUUUUCGAAACGACUCGGGUUCUUGGACAAAGGCGAGGAUAUCCGCGGUAUUCUCGUGGCACUCGAGGAUCUCUUGUGGUAUGCCACUCUUACAGGCAUUUACUCCUGGCUACACAAAUACCUAGCUCCUAUUAGGAACUUUCUUGCUGGGCCCAAAGGAACAGGAAGGGCGUAUGUGAUGAAAUUCACACAAGAGUGUAUUGCGGAGCAUCAGCAGGAGCAGACCAAGGCCAUACCCGUCGAUGAACUCCGAGCUGAACAGGGUACGACGAGCAUGGACUUCCUCACAAAAUUCUUCAAGAAGAACGCAGAUAACCCCAAGUCUUUCAGCAUGUACCAUCUUACCAUGGGUUGUGUAUCAAAUAUGACCGCCGGUUCAGACACUACCGCCAUCAGCCUCUCUGCAAUCCUCUACUACAUGCUCAAGAAUCCACAGACCUUUGAGGCAUUGCGCCAAGAGGUUGACGAGCGUCAACGCGAGGGCAGGAUUGGCCAUUAUAUUACCUUCAAGGAAAGUCAGGAUAUGCCCUACCUGCAAGCCGUCAUGAAGGAAGCGCUGCGGAUGCAUCCCGCCACGGGCUUACCGCUCGAGCGCGUAGUACCCGCUGAAGGAGCGACAAUAUGUGAUCGAUUCUUUCCCGAGGGCACAAUCGUCGGAGUCAACUCCUGGGUCGCCCAUCGCGACACGUCAGUUUUCGGGCCCGAUGCCAACAUGUUCAGGCCUGAGCGCUGGCUCGACGCAGACAAAGAGAAGCUGAGUCUAAUGGAGCGAAGUUGGAUGCCGUUUGGUCUAGGCUCCCGAACCUGCAUUGGACGACAUAUUUCACAGCUGGAAAUGUCCAAGCUGAUACCCAUGCUGGUGCGCGACUUUGAUUUUUCUCUCGCCCCCCACCUGCAGGCUGCAGACUGGCAAACGACUAAUUACUGGUUUGUAAAACCGAGGGACUUCCAGGUCAAGGUCAUGAUACGACAGCAGGGCCGCUGA